AUGUGCCUCCCUGCUGUGUCCUAUGGCCGGAAUGCCUGCCAGCGGCUGGAGGAGACCAAACUCGCGGACCCCUCGGCUUCUGUGUGCGAGCCGCCGGAGAGCAAGCGCCCGAGCCGCCGUUGGAGCGUCAGCAUCGACGAGCGCCGGCGGCUGGCCGUGCUGGGCGGCUGGGAGAGGCCGGGCGUCGCAGGGGGGCCCCCCAGCUGCAGGGACAUCACGCGGAUCGUGGCCCAGCUGGUGUCCGAGGACGUGGACAAGGACGUGCUCCUCCCCCACCCGCCGAGGUCUGCCGAGUCCACCAACGCCUUCCACGCCUUCCUGGCCCGGAGCGCGCCUUUCUGGCAGAACGUGACUUUGGAGGCCUUGGGCUCGAGGUCACCGCCCUCCUAAGAGCUGACUCAGCCCAGUAUCUGUCUUCCCUCGCCUUUCCUCGGGGGUCCUGGGGGAGGUAGCUGGCCGGGUCUGGGGCGCAUGGCUUCUGCGCCCUCUUUACAUCCCACCAGGGGAUCAUGACCAGCCCAGGGAUGAGAAAACAGGCCCAGGAGGACCGUUUGGCUGCUUCCUUGUCAGGACACGCGCGUCAGGCCUUGGAGACCACCUCUGGGAGGGGUGCUUUACCCCAGCCCAGCCUCCAAGAGGCCACUUGGAGGGGCCUGGUGGACAGGGCAGAGUGGGGACUUCCAGGAGAGCCCUCUGGGCUGCCAGGAGAGGCUGUCCACAUCUGCCAUGGGCCAGCAUUCUGGGGCCAAGCAGCUGUGGGUGGGCUGGAAGGGGCGUGAUGCCCUCACAGGCCCCACCUUCGGAGUCUGGUUCAUGACCAGCUCCUUUGCUGGCCUGGGUGCACGGGGUCUGGGCUGGGGAGCCUGGCCUCCUUGGGGAGUUGGGCGUCUGCCUGCGUGGGCGGUGGGAUUGGGUGGGACCAGGGGUAGCCCUGGAGGGUGCGAGUUUGAUGUUAUGAACUGCCAGGUUCUGUUGCCUGCCCUGGGGGGACGGGGGUGCCGGGUCACACAUUGGGCCCUGCCUUUGGGAUGCCCACAGGGGCACAUAUAACCCAGGGGAGAUGCCGUGAUGGGGAGCAGCCCAGGGAUUGUGGGAGCCAGGGAGGUGCUGAACACAGAGGGAGGCUUCCUGGAGAAGGUGGUGCCUUCCCCCUCUGCACAGUGAACUUGUUAGUGGACAGGGGCUGAGUAGGCAGUGUGGGCAGAGGGCCUGCGGUAGCUGUCAGGAGUGGGCCCUGGGCCUGCUGUGGUGUUUGCUUUUGUCUCGAGG